GUGCUGAUUCUAAUUUCCUCGACAUUCAGCUUUAGCAAUCACAUUAAUCUAGUCAAUGGACACCUCGUACCCAGAACCCAUCUCCCCCACAAAAACCCGCAUAGGCUGGAUCGGCAUAGGCGUCAUGGGCGCUGCCAUGGCCUCUCGCCUUCUCUCCGCAGGCUACUCUCUCACAAUCUACGCUCGCACUCCCUCCAAAGCCCUCGCAUUACAAUCCAAAGGCGCCACUGUCGCCGCCUCCCCGCUCGAACUCGCCAAGAACAGCGACGUCGUUUGUCUUAUGGUGGGUCACCCGUCAGAUGUUCGAUCAAUUGUCUCAGAGAACCAAAACAACAACAUUCUUGCCGGAUUAAACCCCGGCUCUGUUAUAGUCGAUUUUACUAGUAGCCACCCUGCUUUAGCACGUGAGAUAUUCACCUCUGCACGGGAGAAAGAUUGCUGGGCUGUUGAUUCACCGGUUUCGGGUGGUGAUAUUGGCGCUAGAGAUGGGAAAUUAGCCAUCUUUGCUGGUGGUGAUGAGCGUGUGAUUAAGUGGCUAUCACCUAUUUUUCAGGUUUUAGGUAAAGUUGCUUAUAUGGGCCCUGCUGGUUCCGGUCAUAGCUGUAAGAUUGCUAAUCAGAUUGUUGUUGGUGCUAAUUUGUUGGGUUUGAGUGAAGGGUUACUAUUUGCUGAAAAAACAGGGCUUGAUGUGAAUAAAUGGAUGGAAGCAGUGAGAGGAGGGGCUGCAGGGUCAAUGGUGAUGGAGUUGUUUGGGGAGAGGAUGAUUCAGAGAGACUUCAGGCCAGGUGGAUUUGCUGAGUAUAUGGUCAAAGAUAUGGGUAUGGGUGUGGAUGUUGUGGAGGGAAGUGAGGACGAGAGAGUGUCUGUUUUGCCUGGUGCUGCUUUGGGUAAGCAGUUGUUUGCCGGAAUGGUGGCGAAUGGCGACGGACAUCUCGGUACUCAAGGUCUUAUAACUGUCAUUGAGAGGCUCAAUGGGAAGGUCGGAUAGAUGCAGAAAAAGCUCUUUCCUUGAAGAGAAAAUGAAGGGUGUGACCAAUCUUGAGAGAAUGUCAAGAUAGUCUGAUGGCAGAAAUCUUUCCCAGACAAUAUCAGACUCCAUAGCUGACCGAAAGGUGGAUGAUACUAAUGAUGAUCUGCACACAUCAACCGGAGAAGUGAAGGAAAGAAUCGUAGAUACACAAUCUUCUGAUUCAACCGACUGAGCUACGACUCGGUCAAUUUCGAUUCAUGCGUAGGACUCUGAAUUUUGAAUUUGUCUCGGGGCCAAUAGCUGAGGUAUUCUGCCAAUGCUAAUAAUGUCUUCAAGAACCAAGAAACUUGGAUUAGUUGAGUAUGUUUUUCCCCUUAAAGAUUAGUUGAGAAUGUGGUUUUGGCAUAAUGGGUUCUUUAAAUAGGGAUAUUUGAAUUACUUUUGUUCAUUAAAAAUAAUGUAUCGGCGAUGUAUCUACAAUGUAUCAGCUUCUUCAAAAUUUAUUCAUUGAAAAUAAUUAUUA